CUGCCUUGCUGUGGGCUGACUAGACCUAUCUUGCAUGCAUGGUCGCUUACAACGGACCUGCAUCCCCACUCGGCCCGACAUGGUAGACGCUUGUUGGUGCCUCCGCUCCAUCCCCAGUAGGCCUGUCCAUCCCUUGCGUCCGGGAAUUCGACGGAGCAAUAAUGGUCGUGUCCAUGUCUCGACAGUGGUACGGUGGCACCAAUCAAGGGCUCUAACUCAAUGACCCCUCACGAGAUUUCCCCAGAAAACCGGCCUGUAGUCACAUAUAAAGUACAGGUGAUUCGGGACGGCAGCGGUGCUUUCUUUUGAACCAACCACGGAGCCGUCGGAUAGCGUCCUUCCCUCUCGCCAUGAUCCAUUUCACAGCCUUCUUGGCCAGUGCCUGGCUGUUCCCGGUGGCGUAUGGGGCAAGCUCCUCGCUGGCCUCGAGCACCACUCCUCCGCAUUCUCAGUUUACAAUUCCGGCCUCUGCCGAUGUGGGUGCGCAGUUGAUCGCCAACGUAGACGACCCCCAAGCCGUCAAUGCGCAGUCUGCCUGUCCUGGGUACAAGGCGUCGAACGUGAAGCACACCUCGGAUGGGUUCACGGCAAGUUUGAACCUGGCCGGGAAACCAUGCAACGCGUACGGCACGGAUGUCGACUCGUUGACAUUGACGGUGGAAUUCCAGGCAAAGGAUCGCUUGAAUAUCCAGAUAGUCCCGUCCCAUGUUGACUCCUCGAACGCUUCUUGGUAUCAUCUGUCUGAAGACACGGUGCCCAGGCCCAAGCUCUCUCCCAAUGCCUCGAUUCCCCAGAGUGACCUUUUCGUCUCGUGGUCCAACGAGCCCUCGUUCAAUUUCAAGGUGAUCCGUAAAGCCACAGGCGAUGCCAUUUUCGACACCGAGGGCUCUGUGCUGGUGUAUGAGGAUCAGUUCAUCGAGUUUGUGACCUCGUUGCCUGAGGACUACAAUCUGUAUGGGCUAGGCGAGCGGAUGAGCCAGCUUCGGCUUCUGAAGAACGCCAAUCUCACCAUGUAUGCUGCGGAUAUUGCGGAUCCAAUUGAUAGUAACAUAUAUGGUCAGCAUCCUUUCUAUCUGGAUACGAGAUACUACAAGGUCAACGAGCAAUAUGGCCCGCAUUCCCGGGCUCGGAGCAGCGAGGUCGACCCGUCGCAAGAAUACGUAUCCUACUCACAUGGUGUAUUUUUGAGGAACGCUCAUGGACAAGAGGUUCUGCUGCGGUCUGAGAAGUUGAUCUGGCGCACACUGGGUGGUAGUAUUGAUCUGACCUUCUAUGCCGGCCCAACCCAGGCGGAUGUCACCAAGCAGUAUCAAAUUAGCACGGUCGGACUGCCCGCGAUGCAACAGUAUAAUACUCUUGGUUUCCACCAGUGUCGCUGGGGCUACAACAAUUGGUCGGAGUUUGAAGAUGUCGUUGCCAAUUUCGAAAAGUUUGAGAUUCCCCUGGAAUACGUCUGGGCGGACAUUGAUUAUAUGCAUGGGUACCGGAAUUUCGAUAACGACAAGCAUCGCUUUUCCUACGAGGACGGCGAGAAGUUCCUGAAUAAACUGCACGACGGGGGACGUCGCUGGGUGCCAAUUGUGGAUGCGGCGCUUUACAUCCCCAACCCGGAAAACGCAUCGGACGCGUACGAAACUUACACCCGUGGAGCUGCCGACGAUGUCUUCCUCAAGAAUCCUGACGGCAGCCUGUACAUUGGAGCCGUAUGGCCCGGAUAUACGGUCUAUCCCGACUGGCACCACCCCAAGGCCGUUGAGUUCUGGGCCAAUGAACUUUUGGUGUGGUGGAAGAAGCUGGCUUACGAUGGAGUCUGGUACGACAUGGCCGAGGUAUCAUCUUUCUGCGUGGGAAGCUGCGGCACUGGAAAUCUGACUCUGAACCCUGUCCACCCGCCUUUCUCACUACCAGGCGAGCCAGGGAACGUUGUGUUUGACUAUCCUGAGGGCUUCAACAUCACGAAUGCGACAGAAGCGGCCUCGGCGUCUGCCGGUGCAUCCAGCCAGGCUGCUGCCAAUGGAGGAUCGGGCUCCCCAACCAAAACAUCAUACCUACGAACAACGCCUACUGCGGGUGUCCGCGAUGUCGACCAUCCUCCCUACGUGAUCAACCACGUCCAAACCGGACACGACCUUGCGGUCCACGCCGUGGCCCCGAACGCAACCCAUGCGGAUGGCGUCGAGGAAUACGACGUGCACAGUCUCUACGGCCACCAGGGCCUCAACGCCACCUACCAGGGGCUGCUGAAGGUCUGGUCGGAAAAGCGUCCCUUCAUCAUCGGCCGAUCCACUUUUGCCGGCUCCGGGAAGUGGGCUGGACACUGGGGCGGCGACAACUUCUCCAAAUGGGGAUCCAUGUACUUUUCCAUCUCGCAGGCUCUCUCCUUCUCCCUGUUUGGCAUCCCCAUGUUUGGUGUGGACACCUGCGGCUUCAACGGCAACAGCGCCGAAGAGCUCUGCAACCGCUGGAUGCAGCUGUCUGCGUUCUUCCCCUUCUACCGCAACCACAACGUCCUGUCGGCCAUCCCGCAGGAACCCUACCGAUGGGCCUCGGUGAUCGAUGCCACCAAAGCGGCCAUGAAGAUCCGGUACUCGAUCCUGCCAUACUUCUACACGCUGUUCCAUCUCGCACACACCACGGGGUCGACGGUGAUGCGCGCCCUGGCGUGGGAGUUCCCUCACGAGCCCAGCCUCGCCGCCAUCGACACCCAAUUCCUCGUCGGUCCUUCCGUCAUGGUCGUCCCCGUCCUGGAGCCCCAGGUUGACAAGGUGAAGGGCGUGUUCCCCGGCGUCGGACACGGCGAAGUCUGGUACGACUGGUACACGCAGAGCGCGGUGGACGCCAAACCGGGUGUGAACACCACCAUCGCCGCCCCGUUGGGCCACAUUCCCGUCUUUAUCCGCGGCGGCAGCGUGCUGCCCAUGCAGGAGCCCGCCCUCACGACCCGGGACGCGCGCCAAACCCCCUGGUCUCUCCUGGCGUCGCUGAGCACUCGGGGCACUGCGUCGGGCCAACUGUAUCUGGAUGACGGCGAGAGCAUCAACCCGCCCGACACGCUGUCCGUGGACUUUGUCGCCACCAAAUCGAGCCUUCGGGCGUCUGCACGGGGGACUUGGAAAGAGACCAACGCGCUCGACAAGGUGACUGUUCUCGGCGUCGCAGAGAAACCGGGCACUGUUCGUUUCAACGGCGAGAAGGUCCCGACCGAGUCGGUUCGUUAUAACGCCACCUCGCAGGCCCUGCAUGUCGGCGGACUACAGAAACUCACCGCGAAGGGAGCAUGGAGUACCGAUUGGACUCUGGAGUGGUAAUUUUCGAUCGACUGCUUUUAGACACUCUAGCUAACCAGUCUCCUCACCAAACAAAUCC